UGGAGGGGGAUCCGAAGCCAACCGAGGCUGGGGCCACUGCGCGAGGGGUCUCUGCUUCCCUCGGGACUGCUGCCCGAGCCUUGGCCCUCCUUCGGCUCCUGCCCCGACAAGCCCUUCUUCCUUGGCGUCGGAAAGAGCCGAAGGCAAAGAGUCAGCGCUGGGAAGGGAGCUCGGGGUCGCGGGAAGGGAGCAAGCCAGCCAAACCUGCUCCUCUGCCGCCGCGGAGAGAGGCCGUCCCCUUUUGGCAGCGGGCCCAGGGCCAGCUUGGCUCUCGGGGCGAGGGCGAAGCACCCUGAAGCGCAGCAGUGCGGGCCAAGGAGGCGGGUGCCUGUCUCCUGUUCCCUUUCCCGGGACUGGAGAGCUGAUCCUGCAGAAGAAGCCCGGGCACCUUGGCGCGCGCUCCGCAGUGUCCUCUGCCCAGCGGCUGGGAAUGGAGCCCUGGCAGCAGAAGCAGGAGGAGGAAGAGGAGAAGGAGAUGCUGCUGAAGAGCUGGCAGGAGUGGUACCCAGAGGGGCGCCCCGAGCCCACUGCGGGCUCUUCCUCGCUGAGCCCAGCGGAAAGAGGGAGCCAACUCGGACCAGGGGACGCCUCCAAACCCGACAAGCUUCCCAAUGGGUGCCGAAGAAGAAGGGAGAAGGAAGAAGAGAAGGAAGGGCUCUCCCAAGGAGAAGGUGCCAGCAGGCCCACCCAAGGCCCCCCUUGGCCAGGAGAGAUGGCCCUCUCCCAGGAGGGCGGAGAGGCAGAGGGGGGCCCGCCAGAGAGGAGCCGAAGGGAAGCUGAGUCCCUGAUGGGGGAGCUCUCCCAGGUGGUGCAGGAAGUGGUGAGGAGCAGCUCCUGGUGGGAGAAGCAUGGCCUGGAUGGCACCAUUCUGGCACUGAACUUUCUCAGCUUGCCCAUAGGGUUCUUGCUGCUGCGUUCUGAUAAUCCUUUUGCUUUCCUGUGUGGUGCUGUCAUCCUGGGUAUGGUGCAUCAUACCAUCGCUGUGAAGGGAAGCCACUUGGCCACUCACAAUGCCUUGGUGGAGUCCAAAUCAUGGGGGAAAUUAUGGGCUGUCUUCUUCAUUGAGGUUUGUUCCUCCUUCACAGCUGAACAGGCGACCUACAACCAUGUGAAACUCCACCAUGCUUACACAAAUGUCAUUGGUCUUGGGGACUCCAGUACAUGGAAGCUUCCUUUCCUGAACCGUUAUGUUUACAUGUUCAUUGCGCCUCUUGCUGUACCUAUUAUCACCCCUUUUGUGGCAAUAGGCUUGCUGAAAGAAGCUGAAUGGAAAACAGCCACCCGGACUAUCUGUUGUAUAUUAGUUGGCCUGUGUUCCCAUUACUGGCUGCUGAUUAAUAUCUCAGGGUUCCAGUCCGUGUGGUCUGCUUUUAGCUGUAUGUUGGUCACACGAUCUCUCCUUAUCCAUCCUUACAUCCAUGUUAAUAUCUUCCAGCAUAUUGGCCUCCCAAUGUUUUCUACUGAAAAGAAGCCAAAACGGAUUCAUAUGAUGACCCUUGGAGUCCUGAACUUGCCUCGAAAUCCCCUGCUGGAUUGGUCCUUUGGGCACUCAAUCAUCAGCUGUCAUGUUGAGCACCAUCUCUUCCCAACAUUAUCAGAUAAUAUGUGCCUGAAGAUCAAGCCAGUUGUUUCUCAGUAUUUGAAAGAGAAGAAAUUGCCAUAUAAUGAAGAUUCGUAUUGGUCUCGCCUGAAGUUGUUCCUGGGCAAAUAUGAAGAACUGAUGGUCUAUGCGCCACCAAUUACUGAACUUGUUGGGAUACAGUAAUGGCACCAUCGGCCACAAUGGAUUCUUUCUCAGGAUUAAGACAUUUAGAACCCACAUUAGGUUCUGUUCCAGCCAUUAAGGAGGAAACCAACAUGUCUUUUAAUGUCUUCCAUAUGGACAAGUAGCAAUGACCUUUGGAUUAAAAGAAUGCCAACUCUCUAGCAACUCUCCAGGGAAAACCAGUAACUCUUCCAAUGCAAUAGGAACAAAAUGGAGAGAGAAAUUUUGAAAUCUCAAUUUUUCUCAAUUGAAACUUGAAUGUUUACACCAACUUUGAUGCAGCUUUUCCAUUCUGCUUCUUUGCGGUUCCAGGGAGAAAAUUGUUCUUUCCUAUGUUAUUUUUCUCUUCCUUAGGCAAAAUAAUGUCCAUGUUGGAACAUGUUUGCAUUCCAUAUAGGUAUUUCCCAGUAAUAUUAACCAAAAUGAAUGGUGCAAAUAGCUGUCCUUUCUUUCUGUCCUUAAUGGACUUUACAUGAUAAGACAAAAAGAUGAAAGUCAUAAGAAAAGAUAGGAAAGUUACCAAUGAUAGGAAAAAGCAUUUGGAUCAUGCUGUAGAGUGCUGUGAGGGUGAUUGCAUGCUAAAAGCCUUGUCUGGAAGCACUCUAAAAUAUUUCAGGAGCUGACUGCAGGAGUUUUUCCUAUAUCUUGGUUGUGCGGCUCAGAGAGCCGGCAGCAGGUCAAAUGGAUUUCUGCAUCUGCAUUAUGUUGCCUAACUUUCUGUUAGGCAGGGUUAGAUUAGGCAACAUAAAGCCCUCCAGAUAUUGCUGGACUGCCAUUACCAUUAUCCAUCAGCAUUGGCUAUGUUGCCUAAGACUGAUGGGAUAUGGAGUCCUGCAAUGUCUGAAGAACUACAUUUUGCCUGCCUCUAUUUUACAUUAUUAGAUCUGUUUUGGCCGUGCAGGCUAUCAUUGUGAAGGGGAAAGAAAGAUAUGAUCAGGCCAAACCACUAUGCAAACGUGUCUGGGAUAAUAACUCAGGGAUUCUAUGUUAAUUUAUGCUAAAUCAUUGGAGGAAAGUCAAGUCUGCAGUCUUGGACCCUGAGAAAGGAGCAUUUCCCUACAAGGAUGCUUGAUGAGCCUGAAAAAUUUCCUGUUCCCUACUGUAAAAAAGGAAAAUGUUAUUUGAGCAAACAGUGACAUCACAAAGACCAGGAAAAUGGAACAACCAACCUGGCAAGGAUUACAAUGCAGAGAGAGCCUGUAUGAAUUUUGGAUACCUUAUUAUACUUUGCAGUGCCAGCCUAGUUUUGGUACUUUAAGUCAGGAUAAAACAUAUGCUAUUGAUAAAACUGGUAAUGCAAAUAUACUUUUAUCCAUUUUCCUGGAUGUUUGUUUUUGAAAAAAUCUGAAAUUUUAGCAAGGAUUAAGGGGACAGAGGCACAGUAGCACAGGGAGAUGAAAGUAGUAGGGAAAGAGGAGUUUAAAAAGACAGCCAUGAAUGAGAAUACUGAAGCGUCACUCCAUUACCAUUACUAUAGCCCACAAUCCAUCUCUACUGUCUCUGAAUUUUAAUUGAAGUUGUAAGACAGAUAGCCCUCUCCCUAUUUGUGAUAGAUCCAAAAUGUGAUUGAUCCAACAUACAAACUGUGUACAUGAAUAUGUGUGUGCAUGUAUUUGGAUCUAUCACAUUUCGCUAUUAAAUGGACUAUCCAAUCCUUAGUGUGCAUAUGUGAUAUAUACGUUUGAAUUAUCACAUUUUGCUAUUUCUUGCCUGUCUUGUUGCUUUUUAUAUAUUCUUCCAGGCAAGACGGAAGCACUUUGCAACCAAUGUGCCAUUCUGGGCCACUGGCUAUGUUUGUGGAGCAAGGUAUCCAUGAAAAGGAUGGAAAGUGCAUCAAUACAGGAGAUGGGAAAUUGGGUUGCAAAGCAGUAUAUGCAUGUGCAGGGAUAACAUUUGCUGUCCUCCACACAAUCCUACAUCAGUGCAAUUAAACUGUAGAAAAAGAUGCCACAGAAGGGACAAACUGAUUAUGCUACUAGAAUUCUCCAUGCUAUUGAACAUUUCUGCUGGACAGAUCUUCCAUGCCAUAGUUGAUUGAAGAGAUGUACUUUAAUUUUUUGAUGAAAUAUUUUGAGGCAGCUUACAUCACAUACUUAACAACCGACAAUGCAGCAGCAAAGACAAUCUAUUAAAAUAACACCAUGUUCAAA